CCCGGUUACCGAGCGCACACUGAGUCCGCCGCCUGCACGCGCUGCUCCUCUCGCUUCAGCCUCUUUGAGCGUUUUUGCCUCCUUCGUUGAAGCCCCAUCGCUCAGCCUCUUUACCUCCCAAUCCAUCCAUUUGUCAGUCGCUUCCUUCGCCCAUCACCAUGUCGCUGAAAGUCCAGACCAGUAAUGUGACCAACAAGACCGAUCCAAAGUCCAUCAACUCCCGGGUGUUUAUCGGCAACCUAAACACAGCGGUGUUGAAGAAGUCGGACGUCGAGAGCAUCUUCUCUAAGUAUGGCCGGGUGCUGGGCUGCUCUGUGCACAAGGGCUACGCCUUCAUCCAGUACGCCAGCGAGAGACACGCCAGGGGAGCCGUGAUCGGGGAGAACGGCCGGGUGCUGGCGGGACAGACGCUGGAUAUCAACAUGGCUGGAGAACCGAAGCCAAGCAGACCCAAAAGCCUGAAGCGAUCAGCAGCUUCUCUCUACAGUGGCUAUGAGUUGGACUACGAUCAGUACAGAGAAGACUUCUAUGACAGCCCGAGCGACGGACGAUCCCAAGCACGGGUUUCCUGUGUCGAUGCGAUCUCCAGCCGGCUCCAGCUGAUUCAAAGGUUGUUUGAGUACCAUGGCCGGGUGUCUCCGGUCCCUCGGGUGGUGCCCGUCAAGCGGCCACGAGUAGCGGUGCCUCUGGUACGACGGGUCAAAUCUUUGCCGGUCAAACUGCUGCCGCGUAACUCCUCCGUCCUCCCAACAAGUAACGGCAACAAACAGAAAUCAGUGAAAGGUGCAGAACUUCAGGCGAUCAAGUCAGAGUUGACUCAAAUUAAAGCCAACAUCGAAGCUUUGCUGGGCAGACUGGAGCAGAUCACAGAAGACACACACAUCACCGCCACAGAACUGAGGAAGGCAGAGGAGUGUAAGAGUGAGGAGGCGUGGCAGGAAGAGGAGGAGGAGUCGAGCUCAGAGCUGGAGGACGACGAGGAGCAUAGACAGAACAGCGAAGCUGAAGAGGAGGAGGAGGAGGAGGAGGAGGAGAACGAGGAGGGAGAGCACACGCAAAACGACACCCAUGACCACAUGCCGGUAUUAACACCUGUGUGUGCGUGUGCAUCUAAACAUGAGCAUCGUGAGGACCUCUGUCAGUUUACUGCCUUGUGAGGACCUUCAGACGUCACAGUGAAAAAAAGGAGAUCUGUCGCCUAUCAUCAGCGAUGGACUCCAUUCACCCAUGAGAGGUACGGUGGACUGUGGAGGAAGAGACAGACAGACAGACAGAGAACUGGAUAACAGCACAGGAGGCCAACAAACAGCAGGGAGCCGGACACACACACUCACACACACAACCGUAAACAUACAGUAGAGAGACAGACUUGACACUCUGUCAGAGCCACAGGAAAAUACUAAAACAGCGGGGUACUGCCAGAACACAUCAUAAACUGAUGAGUUACACACAGUAACACACACAUAGAAGAAAAAACACAUAGUGAUGGAGACAGACUCAACACUGUGUCAGAGCCACAGGGAGAUAGUAAAACAGCAGGCUGCUGUCAAAGGGUUACACACACACACACACACACACACACACACACAGACACACACACAAAGAAGAGCUCAGCAGUUGACAGCAGCCACGUUUGGGGAAAGCUGGAGCUCAUCAGAACGUCUGCUGAGUUACAGGACUUUAAACAACACGACUGAGCGGCUGACAUACUGAGGCAGAGCGGCUUGUUGUUGGAAACCUUGUUGGUGCAAAUUAAAAGACGUCACAUGACGAUGACGACGCACAUUAAAUCCAUCUUUCAUGGGAAGCAGUUAAUACAUCAUUUCUGAAUUAUUUCUCUAAUCCUUUCCCAGAAAUUGCCUGGAAAGAAUUGACGUAAUUCGGUAGUAACUGCAGGGAAACUAGAAACAUUGUUCAACUGCUGCACUUCCAAUUAACCCCUUAGAGUCCCACAACCCAGAGAGAGUUUCAGUCUCUGCACAGCAGCUCAUAUAAACAUGCAAGAAGAAGAAAUGUGUCGACAGGAAAUCAUAUAAUCCAAUAGUUUCCAUUUAUGAAUAAAUAUUUACUUUGGUUUGAAUAAUUUUUUCCUUUAACGCAUUACAGAAAUGUGUUAAAGGCGCCAAAAAUCCCAGUUAUCAGACAAAAGACUUCAUAUAUUUGCUUCUGCUGCUCCAACUACUGUGAAAUAUAAAUAUAUAAAGUGACAUCUGUGAUCGUCAACAGGUUAUUGACAUUUUUAUUGAUUUUUAAAUACAAUCUGCACCACAUGAGUCUCCCACUGAAGGUUUAUACGUCUAUGACAAUAUUGAAUUAUGCUAUAUAAUAAUAAUAAUUACAGAACUUCUUAUAAAAAGGGUUGGAAAUAGGUGAUGUGUUAAUAUCAUCAGAUAUAAGUCACUGUAUCAAGUUAAAUGCUACGUUUUUCAAACUAUUUUCAUACGUUUGGGAUAAAGAAACGUGGUGACAUAAACAGGUUAUUAUUAUUAAUUAAGAACACAUGUUCAUCAUCUUUAAAGUAUUAUUUAUAGUUUAUAAUGAGUUAU